AUGCCGGUCGACUUGUCGCUAGCAAGUUUGGCGACGGGCGAUUUUGAUUUCAGCAAAUACGGGCGGCAUGUAGGACUGGGAUCAAAAACGCGUAACGCACCGCGCGAAGACGGGGCCAAUACCGGUAAUGACCGUGGGCGCGGGCGCGGACGUGGGCGUGGGCGUGGGCGUGGGCGCGGAGGACCGUUGGUCGCUGUUGGCCAAACGCACGUCCCAUAUGACUACAAUUCGCUUCCGCGUAAGAAAUCUUUGCGUGGUGCUGCACACUUGGUGAAUGAUCUAAAGCGCGCGGCGCAGACGGAUCCUGAAGAGGCGCAGAGGGAGCGUGUGCAAGAUGAAAGUGCGGAUGACGAUGCCAGCGAUGGCGAUGGCGAUGGCGAUGGCGAUGGCGAUGGCGAUGGCGAUGGCGAUGGCGAUGGCGAUGGCGAUGGCGAUGACGAUGGCGAUGGCGAUGGCGAUGGCGAUGACGAUGGCGAUGACGAUGACGAUGACGAUGACGAUGGCGAUGACGAAGACGAAGACGAUCGAAGCGAAGAAGAUCUUCCAAUUGUGCCACACAAAAAAUACGACAUAAAGACAAUCGAGCACUGCCGAAAGCUUGAAGGUCUUCGGCUGAAUGAGUACAAUGUCGUGAUCGGCAGCAAGCAAUACGAUUUUCAAGGGGCACUGCGCCACGUGAAUCCCCUGCGAAGACCUAUCCUUUUUGCUGCUGGCACCGCAAGCCAUGGAAAAGAGGCAGAUGUAUUGCGCCAUCCCGAUUUGCAAGCCGCUGAAGAGUGUCAAGGAUCGAAGACAGAGCAUGUUCCUGAGCAUAUCCACUCUGAACCUAAACCAGAGCAUCGUACCCCACCUAAGCCCCGUCCAGAAGCGCCAAGUUGUUCGCGCCCCCCCGCGGACAAUGCCGUAUUGAAGAAGAAAAGCAAGGCGCGCAAGAAAAAGCCAUUUGCGCGCACCGACUCCGACAUUGAAUGGGGCAGUGACGGCCCUCCGGUGUCCAACGACCAAGAUGCAUUUAUGUCCUUUAGCAACCUCGGCCAUAUAUUGACCGCCGAGCAUACACACGUAUCGCACGAAGAGGCCAUCCUGCGAGACUGGAUUGAGAAUGCGAUGCAACUAGACAAUGAUACCGAAGAUGAUCAGGCGCAGAGCGAUGCGGAUGGUGUUGAGCGUACCGAUCUUGUGCCACCCUUCACGAUACCGACCGUUUCGAACCCGAAUGGCCACCAUACAUCGCUAGAAGACAUUGCAGUCGAUGCAAACUUACGCGAACAGGAUGCAUGGAUGUCGGACUCGGACGAAGAAGCAGCAUCAGAAACCACCAGCGCGUCUUCGGACGAAUCUGACGGGGAUGAUGCAUUAAAUGAAGACUUUCACGCCUACUUUCUCGAUCAUGUUGGGCAGGAUACGUCCCCUACAGGAAUGCUGGAUGCGGAUACAGCCGUACUAGGUUUGGACGGUGAGGAGCUGAGCGACGACCAAGACUCCUUUCUAGGCAACGGGAAACCAUCCAACAGUACGUCACGUCUGCCUGCUCUAACGCCAGAAACGCCUGCGUUUGAUCCAGAAUCGCUUUGGGCAGCCGAGCUUCAAGAGCAAUGGGAAAAAGACCGUGGGAGUAAGUCGCGCAAGAAAGCCGAGCGCCGAGCGGCAAGAGAGCACGCGGCACUGAACCCUUUCCCCAACACACAUGGCCUAUCGAAGCGCCGGAAAAAGAAGGCGGGGCUGGAGGAAAAGCGUGCACAGCGCGCACAGCGCAAGGAACUUUUGGGCGGCAUUGCAGGCCCCGACGCUGCGUGGAUUGCCGAUGCUGUGGAAAACGAGUCUACAGAACAUGUGCACAUUUCCUCGUUCGACACGGUGGUGGAUCUUAUCGAGAAGUUUAUUCCAGACGACGGCAAAACGACCCUCGCCUUCCCUCCUAUGCUCAAACGUGAUCGUGCGCUACUACAUAAUUUCGCGGGCGCAUACAACCUCAAGUCCAAGAGCCGCGGCAAAGGCACGCAGCGGUCCACGAUUAUGUACAAGACCAGCCGCACCACAACGUCGAUCAACCGAUCGCGCGUCAACCAGCUCCGCAAGUCUGUCUUUGGAAUUAUCUCUGAUGAAAAGUUCAAUUCUUUGGGCAAAGCGUGCAGUAACUACGAUGGCAGGGCCACGCGCGGAGCAACGCGUAUCGACAUGGCCCCAGCGAACCGCGAGGGCGCGCAAGUGGGCAGUUUCGCAAAGCGUAUUAGUGAAGAUAAUAUUGGCCACCGCCUCCUCCAGUCCAUGGGCUGGAUCACCGGCACGGGCCUGGGCCAAACCUCUGGGAUUGCCGAGCCCGUCACAGCCAAGAUCAAAAUGUCCAAAAAAGGCUUGGGUCUUUAG